AUCGAAGAAAAUGGGUCGGUAUCGGUAGCUAAAGCAAAAUAACUAGCGGGAAAAACGCAAAGAAAACGGCUUUUGUCCGCUAUUUGAGCGAUUUUUUUUGUGUCCAAAACCAACAACAACCUGCAAUAACAACAAAAAUUACCAGCCACAACAAAUCCAAUAGCCACAGGAAAGGUGAAACGCAUAAGGAAGUCGACACAGCUUUGCCGAUGACAAAAAAAAUCAGUAGCAACAACAACAGAAACCACUCAACAACAACUACCAACCAAUACGACCGACGACGACGACCAAAAACCACAGCCCUGUCAAAAAGUGGAUGAAAAUUGUAUUGCCAAAAUAAAAUAAGCUUCAACGCGCAGGCAAUUGCAAUUUCUAUACAUUUUAUGCUGUUGCACCAUUUUAAAUUCUGUCGACGCAAUACCAUCUACAACAACCACCCGCAAUUACAACAGCAACAGUAGCAGCAGCAGCCAAUCAACAGCAAUAGAAAGAAUUAAAUUUAUUUGAGCUCACCAUAUACGCAAUACAGUCAGUCACUUUUCUUGGCAAUUGGAUUAAAAAAUCCACAGAGAGUAGCAACAAAACUAAAAGCAAAAAACAAAAAAGAAAAUCUUCAAACAGCCACCAUUUUGAAUGAGCGCAGCAGCAACCAACGCCGCAGCGACAGCGCAGUCAACGUCGACGUUGUUUCUUAUUAGCGAGCGAGCGCAGGGGAGGGUGCAAGAGUGCGACCGGAAAAUUCUCAACGAAAUAGAAGAAACACUGUGCGUGUGUGUUGAGAAAUAGUAGCAAAAAAAACUGAACUGUGUUAGUGUUGCCGAAAAGCGUUCGCUUAUUAAAAUGGUUGAACGCAUUUUGGAGGAGGAAAAUGCCAGUACGCUGCGCAGCGGCAACGGCCCCAAGAGCAACAACAACAAUGCACGUAGUGGUGGCGACAGCAGCGUAGGCGGCGAUUCCUGCAGCAACACGGACAACAGCUGCAGUCAGAGUCAAUCAGACGGGCACAAUGAAUUGACGCGCUAUAGCAGCGAGGAUGUCUCGGGCAACGAGUCCAGCGAAGCGCCCAAUAUGACUGAAGUGGAGAGGCAGGCGGAGCUGAAUCGCCACAAGGAGGAGAUGCAGAAGAAACGACGCAAAAAACGCAUCAGCUCCUCGCUUCAUUCGUCUACAUUUCAAGAACUGUAUAAACUGACUGGCGAAAUACUUGGCGAGGGUGCUUAUGCCUCGGUACAAACUUGCGUUAACAUUUACACCGAUCUGGAAUAUGCUGUGAAAGUUAUCGAUAAGAUACCAGGACACGCGCGUGCGCGUGUCUUUCGCGAAGUGGAGACAUUCCAUCACUGUCAGGGACAUCCGGGAAUUUUGCAAUUAAUCGAAUUCUUCGAAGAUGACGAGAAGUUCUAUUUGGUGUUUGAGAAAAUCAAUGGCGGGCCCUUGCUAACACGCAUUCAGGAGCAUAUUUGUUUCUCGGAACACGAGGCGGCGCAGAUCAUCAAGGAGAUUGCCUCGGGUCUGGAUUUUUUGCACAAGAAGGGCAUAGCUCAUCGCGAUCUCAAGCCCGAGAAUAUAUUGUGCGUAAAGCCGGACUCGUUGUGUCCGAUUAAGAUAUGUGAUUUUGAUUUGGGUUCGGGCAUUAAGUUCACCACAGAUAUCUCAUCACCAGCAGCGACCCCGCAGCUCCUGACACCAGUCGGCAGCGCCGAGUUCAUGGCACCCGAAGUUGUUGAACUGUUCGUUGGCGAAGCCAACUACUAUGAUAAACGCUGCGAUUUGUGGUCUCUGGGCGUGAUUGCUUAUAUCCUGCUCUGCGGGUAUCCACCAUUUUCGGGCAACUGCGGAGAGGAUUGCGGCUGGAAUCGCGGUGAAAAUUGCCGCACUUGCCAGGAAUUACUGUUUGAGUCCAUUCAAGAGGGACAUUUCUCAUUUCCGGAGGCCGAAUGGCACGAUGUUAGUGAUGAGGCGAAAGACUUAAUAUGUCGCCUGCUCGUUAAGAAGGCCUCUAAGCGUUUAAGUGCCGAAGCCGUUUUGAAUCAUUCUUGGGUUCUUAUGUGUGAUGUGGAGUCGUCAAGUGACAAAGAGUAUGUGGCGCGUCAUAGGGCGUUACAAACGCCCUGCAAUAUUAAACGCAAUCACCAUUCGGCACGCGAGAUUUCCCAGUUCGCCGAAUCGGCCAUGGCCGUAAAACGCGUUAUAUUGCAACACUUCAGCAUGCGUUACGACUAUAUGAAGGAGCGCCCUAACAUUUAUCGGCCAUCACAGUCCAACCUGAAUUCGAACAGCGAUGACAACUACAAUCCUAAGCCGCCGGCGCAUUACUCGCGCAGUCGCUCGGCGGCACCGCAACGUUACAGCUCCUCCUCCAAUUAUGGUGGACGCAUUUCCUCAGUAGCCGGAAACGGUGCACGCAAUAGCGGUAGACAAUCUAUGCGCAGUAGUAGCCAGAUUUCGCGUAAUGCCUCUAGUAUUUACAAUAACAGCGGCGGCUUCAAGACCUUCAAUGGACAGCAAUCCGAGCAACAACAGCCACAGACGGCUAGCCAAGAGUCCUAUGAGAAUGGUGAUGAUGAAGAUGCUAAUAGCGCGGAGGAUUUUAAGCAUUACAAGCACUACUGGCGCGAUCUAGCCGAAGACGAUGGCGAUGAUGAGCUAUACGAACAGCAGCAACAGCGUGUCGAUGACAUUGCCGAGGAGGACGAAUACGAAGAUCUUAAUAUUGAUAAUAUCGAUAAGUCAAAGCAAAAUCAAUUUGCUAACUAUGAAAAAUUGAAUACGGAAAAUUCAAAUCCAAAUACAGUCGCGUCCAUGCGCAAUAAUGUGCAAGACGACGACGUGUACGAUGACGUAGAUGUCGAGGAAGAGGAGGAAGACGAAGAUGAUGAGGAUGAUGAAGAAGAAGAUGAUGUUGAUGGGGCUGUGCGCGAGCAACAGCCACCAUUAAGUGAUAUUAGUGCUACUACAAUCACCGAUACCAAUAACAAGCAAACUACAGCAACAGCAACACCAGUUACAAACACAACACAAAUCAAUAACAGCAGCAGCAACGACAAGAGAAAUGAGCAGCAAACUGGAGAUGAUCAUGCUGUGAAACUAUUGGAUAGUAUUAGUGAUUUAAAUGAAAAGCUACCUGAAAUUUAUGAGACUGCAAAUAUUGUUGUCAACUCAGCGGCGGCAGUGCAAGCCAAGGAUGUAUCUAAAACAGCAACAACAGCAACAUCAAUAACCGAUAACGCAGCAGCAACGUGCCCACCAAAUGAUUAUGUUAACCACAAAGCUUAUGAUGAUGAUGAUGAUGAUGAGAAAGAUGAGGUUAAUGAUGGAGAUGAUGAAUUGAAUGUGAAUGCUAAAAAAGCUGCAGCUGAGGGGACAACAAUGCGAACGACUUUUGGCAAACAACAACAGCAACUACACCAACAACAACAGCAAGAACAAGAACAAAAACAACAACAGCAGACAGGCAAACAACAACGCAACGUCUAUUUUGCGAUUGAUGCAUAUCAAAACUAUUCUGAGCUGGAAGCCGAUGAGAACGAAGAUGCGGACAUAGAUGAAGAGGACGAUGAUUACGAUGAACAUUACGACGAUGGUGAUGAUGAUGAUGAAGAUGAUGAUGAUAUUGUGGACGAUGUCGAUGCCAACAAAAAGCCAGGAACGGUUCAAUUCAAGCAGCCGCUGCCAGCUAUUUGUAAUGCAUACACGCGCAAGCAGCGACAACAGCAGCAACAACGAUACAUUGUGGCUCGUGACCAGCAACAACAACAACAACAGCAGCCGACAAAGACGCCAAUGCAGGAGAAUUGGCGCUAUCGCAGCCAUAAUUCGGAGCAGCAAACGCAGACUGGCAACUAUCGUAAAUACCGACCACCAUUUAACACAGGUGGUGGCGGUGGCUUCGGCAAUCAGCAGCGCAACUAUUUGGGCAGCUUCUCCCACAGUGGUGGGCGCCAACAGCAGCAGCAGUUGCCGCAGCCAAAAACCUAUCGGGAACGCGAGCAAUCGGUGCCAAUGCAGCCGCAGCAGCGUCACAAUAGUGCCGGCAGUACUGGCAGUGGCAGCGGUGGAUCCCCACCCUCUGAUGAGCUGCACAAUUGGCGCAACGAUUGCAUUUAUGCACCCAUGAGAAGCUGUGGCAUGAAUCAGCAACGCCCGCAGUCAUACCAUCAGCGACAUCAGCAACAGCAGCAACAACAACAGCAGCAGCAACAACAAUAUCAGAACCAGCAGCAGCGUAUUGGCUCGGGACGUUUUAUGCACUCACAGGCCGCUCAGCUAAUGGAUGAGCCGCCGUUGCGCAUUGGUCUCUCGCCUCCAAGUGAGAGUUUGUUGAUGCAGCGACGCCUGCGGUCACACAAUGCGACCGCAUCAUCGCAUCGCCCCGGCGAUUUGGGUGAAUAUUGUGAGCCGGCAACAGCAAGUGGCUAAAAUAGAAGGCUAAAAAUAGAGAAACCGAGCUCAUUGUUGGCUAAGUUGAGGCAGUUUGGUUAAUGGUCGUCGCAUUGCAUAUUUUCAUUUACAUUUUUCUCUCAUGGACAGAGAAUAUAUCUACUAUAUAGAAUUAUAGAAAACAAUACUGUAAAAGCUUUAAGCGAAAGCUAAUUUUUUAUAUCAAACAAGCAACAAUUGUUUACUUUGAAAUUAUUGUGCAAAAUAAUUGUAAAACAAACACUUAUAUUUCUAUUUCUUUAUUAUUCUUUUACAAGAAGGCAAAGGGAUCCUAUUUCGCGCGCCACAACCAACUGCCAACAUUUGUCCACUUCCAACUCAAAUUUAAAUUUUUUUUUGUUUACCAAUAUAUUUUACUCCCCCCUCCAAAAAAAACAAAACAAUAACAAUGAAUGUUAUCACAAAAAAACUACUUAAUUCCGUCUUUGUAACGUAAAAGAAACAAAAAGAGAUAUUGAGGAAAAAAACUUGUUUUCAAUAGCCUAACAAAAUGUUACGAAACAAAUUUAAUGCUGUUUAAGAACAACAACAAAAAUAACAACAACCAAACAGUCGUUCGAUAUAUAAAAAAAAAAAACAACAAAAAACCUUUUUUUAUAAAAAAGAUUUAAAACGUUAUAAAUAUAAAUGCGCUAUAAUUUUUAUUAUGAAAAUAAAAACAGAGUUCAAGCGAAAAUGCAUAAA